AAUUCCAAUAAUGGAUGUCGACUUGGCAAGCGUCGAAGUAGUUUUCGCUCAGAAACUCGCUUGCGGAGAGCCAGCUACGCGUCAAAGAGCUCUUCGCGUUCUUCACGAUUGGAUUCGUGAUCAGUCCGCAAAGAAACAUUUCGAUGAUGCUGACUUGAUGCGCUUAUGCAAGGGCCUUCACUAUGUGAUGUGGAUGCAAGACAAAAUGAUUCUUCAGGAAGAGCUGGCUGACAGAAUUGGAGGACUUAUUAAUAUUUUCACAUCGGAGGAAGAAAAAGUACGCUUUGUUGCGUGCUUUCUGAAAAGUCUUUCCAAAGAGUGGCCUCAUAUCGAUCGAUGGCGCAUGGAUAAAUUCUUGAUGGAAGUUCGUCGUAUGGUUCGAGCUUGCUUCACUCAUCUUGCCGAAUUAAAAUGGAAAAAGGAUAUCCGUGACGAAUACUGGAAAGUUUUCCAGGAAACUACUAUCUCCACAGAUAAGUCCUUCAACGAAGCUCUAAAGUUCCAUUUUGCCUCGAUUCUUCUCGACGAACUUGAUGCAGCCGGAGGAUUAACCAAGAAGCAAGUGACGGCCUGUCUCAAGCCAUACAUUGAACUUCUCGGAAACAAAGACAUCAGUGAAUAUUUGUUCACAUCACUUUAUGAAGAAAUUUUCAAAACUAUUCUCCAGCAGAAAAGUGAUUUGAUCACCGCUGUUGAAGAAGGAGAAGAGAUGGAUCAAGGUGGAAUUGAAUUCAGUUACAAGGAAAUCGGAGCGUUGCUAUUUGAAGUGGGAAAGCAAGAACAUUUAAAUGCUAAGAGAAGAAAGAAGAUCUAUGAUCUUGUUAAGAAGUUCGAUAAGAGUUCUCGUGGACAAGAUCCAUUACAUUUCGAGACCCCAGUUCCAAAGGAGAGGUUGACAAGACAUGAUUAUGAAGAAGCCGAGAAGAAGGCCAUUGUGUUGGCCAACAGCUUCAAGCAAGAGAGAAAGUCGUCCAGAAAAGUUAAAAGCCAAAUCAAAAAGCGAGCUCGUGAGGCUGCCGAAGCUGCACGGCAGGAGAACGGAGAUGAUGUUCCAGAUGACGAAAUCGCUGAAGUUAAAAAAGGAAAUGGAAAGAAAACAGCAGUUCCUAAAGUGAAGAAAGGGCGCCCACUUUUGAAAGCUAAAGGAGUCGGAAAGAAGAGAAUGGUCGGCGGCCUGAAAAGAAAAGCAGGAAAGAAAAAUUAAUCUGAAUAUCAUUGUUGCUUGAUUUGUUAUGUUUUUGUUAUAAUUUCAAUUUUUGAUGCAUUGUUACUUUUUGGAAGUGAUUUUUUUAUUGAAUUUUUAAAAAUAAAAA